CGUAGAUUAUUAAUUCUUUAAGCAAUUCCAAUUAUAGGUAAUAAUAGGGGGAGGGGUGGUAAAUCGGCUCCGGGGGAGGGGGUGAGAGAGUUCUAGCUACAAUAUUCAGAUAUCAGCUUUUUGCCUCAUUAAGGAGGUAAAACAUCUGACCGCGUCUUGACAGAGUUAUGUUCAUGCCAUACCGCAAGCGACCGGCGUAAUACAGUGGCUAGUCGACAUCGCAACAAAUCUAGCCAACAGCUAAGCUAGACGCAAAAACGAUCCCCUUGUAAUUCAAUCGAUCACCUGUUUGUUUCCUUUCAAUUAAAGAACUAUGAAAGAGUGGAUAGAACAGAUCCUACGGCACGCGCUCAAGGACGGCAGAGAGCCCGAGAAGAGAAUGAAAGGGGAAUGAGAGAAUUGCGUGACGAGAUGGAGAGAGAUCGUCGACAGGCGUUGCUUGAUGCGCAAGAAUGCACGAAAAUUGAAGGCGACGCACAGAGAAGACAACUGGCUCACCAAAGACGUGAUGGGGAGGACCAAGAAAGGAAUCAAAAGGAAGAAGAACGAUUUUGUAAGCUUAAAGUCGCGCUGAUGAAUUACGACUUACAGACCAACCCAAGAAUUAAGAAAGAAUCUUUCCGAGAUUUGGUGGUGGACGACAUCGAUGUGCUCAGCGUUGUUUUAAUAGGAAGACCAGGCACGGGGAAAACCAGCUUUAUAGGCACGUUGCAGCGAGCCAUUGGACAGCCUCAGAGUGCUUUUGGUGACGGAAAAGGAAAAGAAGACACCAUCCUUCUCGAACCAUACUACCUGCAGAAAAAUAUUCGGAUGCUGGACACCAGAGCAUUCUUUGAAUGGGACGAGAGAGCGCUGGAAGAGUGCCUGAAACUCAUGUCUGGAAGAAUUCGACCAGGAGAAGUAAUGUCUGGAUACUAUGGUGAUUGCGGAAUUAUGACAAAGGAACAGCAACAGGGAAGAGCAUAUCGGGGUCGGACACACCGGUAAAACGAGCCCCGGCGCUUUCUAAAUGCGCGCACGCCGUGAUUUUUGUCCUAAAGGCAAACGAUCCACGUCUAGCAGAGGGCUUGUUGUAUGACAAACUCCAGAAGAUCAGAGAGCAGUUUAAACAAGAUGGUAAUAACAAUAUUCACCAGAUAGUUCAUAGCUAAAGAUAUACCCAGCUUCGAUGACAAUUACGAACUGAUUGGGGAGCACCGCUGGACUCUGGAUCAAGCGAUCCAGGCUCAUGUCCUACUGCGGGGUCAUUGUGCUGUGUUCUUGACCAAGAAAAUUUAUUGUCACAAUGCUUCUCUUUAGGCAAGUGUUAUUUUUUGGUACCGGAAUUUAAUGCUAGGGUGUCAUUCCUUGCGAUGGGCUUACAUCCCUUCCAGGGGGAAGUAGAAAUUCUCCUAGUCGCUUAAUACAUGUUUUAAUGCUACGGAACCGGCGGUACGUGUGGGCCACUUGGCCCGACGCAGACUUUGCUUUUGACCUUCAAUGACAAGGGCCAACGAGCAUGGUUGUCCUUCGAACAUAUUACGUUGGGGAGAUUUGCGCCAUUCGAAUUCUGAGUCAUCAAUCAGCCCUAUUACUAUUUAAGCGUUGCCCCAUUUUACUGCCUAUGCGCGUGUGACUGAUAAUCUUUUCAUUACUUUACAGGUUAUGCUCCUGUGACAGUUAUUACCCACCUUGACAAACUAGAAGACAAAGAGGACAAAGAUGAAGCUUUUGAACAGGCCUCCUGGGCAACUGGCAGCUCCAGCGAGAGAACCCACUUCAUUGUAAAUUAUGUAGAUAAUGCCAAGCAGUCUUUUGAGGUGGAUCGAGCCGCUCUUGAUAUUCUGGAUUCUGCUUUGAUCUCCGCUGAAAAUUUUAUCCAAAUCCGCAAGCAGCGAGAGAAAAAUCAGAUAGAAAGGGAGGCUACGGCUGGAGGUAACAGUUUUCCGAACUCAUGACUGAGGAACUUAAGGACGUUCGUGC